UUUUUAAAAAAUUUACAAAAAAUUUUAUAGUGUCAUAUAUACAAAAUGAAGUGGUUAAUUUUUAGUACUACAUUAAUAAUUUGGAAUUAUAUAAUAUCUUGUCAGGAUAUUGUUUUUCCAAGUGAUGAAGAAACAUAUCACGUAAACGACAAUAAUGAGACGAUAGCAGAACAUAAUCCAAUAUUUAUACCAGAUUCAUGUCCCAAAAAUAUGCUUCUUUAUCCUGGACCUGGAAAUAUAAGUACACGGAUAUGUGAUUGUAAACCUGGAUUUCUAUAUUUUCCAUCGAAUAAUAGUUGUCAUGAAGCAUAUAGACAAGGACCAUGUGCACCACAGCAUUAUGUUAUGCUUCCUAAAAAUAAAGUUAUACCAAAAUGUAUAAAAAAUCCUUGCCUGCAGGAUGGUAUAGUACAAUAUAAUAACACAUGUUAUUCUUUAAGAACUAUAGGUGGAUCCUGUGCUCCUAAUAAAGAAAUAGCAGUAAAUGUAAUUACAUUUGAAUUAGAAUGUAUAUCAGAAAUUAAGCUACAUGUAAUAAUCGAAGCAUCUGAACAAUGUCCUAUUGGAAGUCGUAGAAAUAUACUUGGAAUAUGCAAAAAAAUAAAAAAUAUUAUUACAUAAUAAAUUUUUAUUUUUUAUAUAAAAAGAUAUUUAUU